CUUCUCUUUGCUCUCUUCUUUCCUCUCUUUGGACAUAAUUUUUUCCGCUUUCUGUCUUUGCUGAUCUUUUAGAAUAAGGAAAAGAUCGGGGUUUCUGAAAGACUGAAUUUAUUAUUAUUUCUUUUCAUCUACUUCAAAAUCGUAAGAGCUAAAUUUGAUUUGUCUGAAUCUUGGGUUCCUUUUUCAGUUGAACUUGUUUCGGUGUUGAUUUGUCUAUCCUCUGGGGACUAUAGGAAUGAGAUCCAGAUCGAGAAGGUAGUGAUUAAAGCUGAGAUAAGAUGAGUGAGAGCGGGCGGUUUCAGCUGGGAACCAUCGGAGCAUUGAGUCUUUCAGUGGUUUCGUCCGUAUCGAUUGUGAUUUGCAACAAGGCGCUUAUUAGUUCACUUGGUUUCACUUUCGCCACAACUUUAACAAGCUGGCAUCUUCUGGUCACAUUCUGCUCACUUCAUGUGGCAUUAUGGAUGAAACUGUUUGAGCACAAACCUUUUGAUGCAAGAGCUGUAAUGGGUUUUGGAAUACUCAAUGGGAUCUCCAUUGGACUUUUGAAUCUUAGCUUGGGUUUCAACUCUGUUGGUUUCUAUCAGAUGACUAAGCUAGCAAUCAUCCCUUGUACUGUUCUUUUGGAGACCCUCUUCUUUAGGAAGAGAUUCAGUAGGAGCAUCCAGUUUUCUCUAACCAUUCUUCUUGUGGGUGUUGGCAUUGCGACUGUGACUGAUCUGCAGCUCAAUGUUCUGGGAUCUGUUUUGUCCUUGCUUGCAGUUGUUACAACUUGCAUUGCUCAGAUUAUGACAAAUACCAUCCAGAAGAGGUUUAAAGUGUCUUCAACCCAGCUCUUGUAUCAAUCUUGUCCCUAUCAAGCAAUGACCUUGUUCAUAUCUGGUCCAUUUCUAGAUGGGCUUUUAACUAAUCAAAAUGUUUUUGCUUUCAAGUAUACACCCCAAGUGCUGGUGUUUAUAGUUCUGUCCUGCCUCAUCUCUGUCUCUGUUAACUUUAGUACAUUUCUUGUAAUUGGGAAGACGUCUGCUGUCACAUAUCAGGUCCUGGGGCACCUAAAAACGUGCUUAGUUUUGGCUUUUGGUUAUGUUUUACUUUACAACCCAUUUAGCUGGCGGAAUAUAUUUGGAAUCCUGAUUGCUCUAGUUGGUAUGAUACUUUAUUCAUACUUCUGCUCUCAUGAGAGUCAGCAAAAAGCUAGUGAAGCAUCGACACAACUGUCCCAGGCAAAGGAAAGUGAAUCUGAUCCGUUAAUAAGCAUGGAAAAUGGAACGGGGAUUGUUGGUGAUAGUAGCAUAACAAAAGUUCCAGUAUGGAACUCAAACAAAGACUUGCAUGCAUAAAAGACUUCUAUCAGAAGUUAAUUCAUACAGCCGGAGUAAAUUAACAUUGGAGGUGGUCCAGCGAAGCGAUGAAGAUGUUGGAAACAUGGGUAAUCUCCUUUGAUUGCAUCCAGAGAUGAUACAGGUGUGGGCUUCUUGAGAUCAGAAGGAACUCCCUCUAUUAUAAUAGUUAGCAGAAUUGAAAGGAAAGCAUUUAUGUUUAGAAGUUUUGACCAUUGUCAUUGUAUGAAUUAGGCUUGCAAACAUUCAAUUCUCCAGAAUGGGAUGCUUGUUUUAAUGCCCAUUGGGUACUAUUGUUUCUUAAUAUGCUGAGAAGGUUUUAUUUUUGCUCUAAGCAGUUCUCUCUUGAUGAAGGGGUGGUUAUUUUACGUUUUGUUUGGUACUUCGAAAACGUUAAGUACGAGUCCUCAGAGCAAUUAAAUUCGGUUUCUGAUUGAAUGUA